AUGGGUUUGGGUAAGCUGGGGCUGUCAUCCUCUAGAUUAUUUGUGAUCUUGCUUUGUCAAUUUUCUUUUUCUGCAUACCAGAUGGGGAAGGAUCCUUGUCAUUUAAAAAUAGAACAUAGUCCUACAUAUAGAAAGGAAGGAGAUCUAGUUAUAGGGGGCUUCCUCUCCCUGUUUCUGAAGACUGAGUCUCAAAUUGACAAGGUAUCUUCCAGAUUUCCUCCAGACUGGAUACAAUCAGAUUUAAGGUCCAUGCUCAAACACUACCAACAUUUUCUCACUUUCCAAUUUGCUGUGGAUGAGAUCAACAAGGAUCCCCAUUUGCUACCCAACAUAACUCUGGGAUAUCAAUUGCUCAGUAACUUCCAUCAAAGCCAACUAGCUAUGGAGAACUCUUUGAUUUGGCUGUCAGGGAAGGGUCCAACCAUCCCUAACUACAACUGUGACAUGCAGCACAAAUCAGUGGCUGUCAUUGGUGGGAUGACUUCUACAUUUUCCGUGGCCAUGGCCACCUUGUUAGGACUCUAUAAAGUCCCACAGAUCAGCUAUGGCCCAUUUGAUCCUCUCCUGUCUGAUAAUGUCCAAUAUCCAUAUGUCUAUCAGAUGGGCAGCAGGGAAUCUACUCUGCAUCUCGCAGUGGUCCAAUUGAUGCUACAUUUUGGCUGGAUUUGGGUAGGGCUGGUUAUUUCAGAUAACACGGCAGGGGAACAAUUCUUCAGCAAUUUGAAAGAGGAGAUGACCAGGAAUGGUAUGUGUCUGGCUUUUGUGGAACGAGUUCCCAAAAAUAUUAUCUUUGACAAUGAAGGUAUUAAAAUCUUUAAUAGGAUUAUUGCAUCAUCUUCUAAUGUGAUUUUCAUCUAUGGAAAUACAGCCUCCCUUAAUGAAUUUUCUAUUAUAAUGAAUGAUUUUACAUUGUAUGGGAAAAUGUUGGUCACCACUUCUUCCUGGGAUUUUUCUGCAGAUUUUAAUGUUCAAAUAAGCCAUUUUCAUGGUACACUAAUACUUUCUCAAAUCAAAAGGGAGAUUCCUGGUUUCACAGAUUUCUUAAGAAGUGUGACUCCCACUAUGAACACUAAAGAUAUUUUCCUAAAGAGUUUCUGGGAAGUAGUGUUUAAUUGUAGACUUUCAGAAAAACGUCCUGUAGAAAUGGUGUAUUCCUUGUGCUCUGAAAGUUUGUCCCUUGAAGAUGUACCGCCUAUGUAUUUGGAUAAGACCAUAAUGGAACUGAGUUUUAAUAUCUACAGUGAAGUCUAUUUAUUGGCUCAUGCUUUCCACCAAAUGCUUGAAACUGACCCAAAAGCAACAUCAGAACUUGGAAAAAAUCCAGUUCUUUCUUGGAAGCUCCACCACUUCCUGAAAUGUAUCAAUCCUGUCCUUGAUGACAAGGACGUCUUAUGUGGGAAUGCUGCCAGUUUGGCUGAUGAGAGAUAUGAUAUCCUGAACUUUAAAUCUUUCCCUGGUCAUAUUGACACACAGGUGAAAGUUGGAGAAGUAAUUUCUCAUGACAAAGAAUUAAUCAUUAAUGAAGAGGAUAUAGAUUGGCCAGAAGAUUUUGCUCAGACUCCAAGUUCUACAUGCAGUGUUAGCUGUGGCCCUGGCUUCAGGAAGACACUCCGUAAAAGUCAGCCCAUCUGUUGCUUUGACUGUACUCUCUGCCCUGAAGGAAAAAUUUCCAACGGGUCAGAUAUAGAACAGUGUCUGCAAUGCUCUGAAGAUCAAUACCCAAGCAAGGAGAAAGAUAGAUGCCUCCCCAAGGCAGUGACUUAUCUGGCUUAUGAAGAGACUCUGGGAAUGAUUCUGGCCUCUGCAGCUCUCUGCUUCUCCAUCCUCACAACCUUUGUCCUUGGAGUGUUUGUGAUGCACAGAGACACCCCCAUAGUUAAAGCCAAUAAUCGCAAUCUCAGCUACAUUCUUCUCACCUCUCUCAUCCUUUGCUUUCUUUCUUCCUUGCUUUUCAUUGGUCGUCCUACUUCAACCACCUGCCUGUUAAGACAAACCACAUUUGCCAUUGUGUUCACAGUGGCUAUUGCUUCCAUCUUGGCCAAAACCAUCACUGUGGUUCUGGCUUUUAGAGCCACCAACCCAGGUAGUAAGCUUAGAAGGUGGCUGGGAACAACAGUAUCUUACUUUCUCAUUUUCAUUUGUACCCUUAUCCAGAUGUGCCUCUGUGGCAUCUGGCUGGGGACAUAUCCCCCAUUCGUUGAGAUGGAUCCACACUCUGAGGCUUCCUUCAUUGUGGUUCAGUGUAAUGAGGGCUCCCUUGUUAUCUUCUACUCUGUCCUUGGCUACAUGGGCUUCCUGGCCUUGGUCAGCUUUGCACUGGCUUUCCUGGUAAGGAAUCUGCCAGAUACUUUCAAUGAAGCCAAGCACCUGACAUUCAGCAUGCUGGUGUUUUGCAGUGUCUGGAUUUCCUUCUUGCCCACAUAUCAGAGCACCAAAGGGAAGACCAUGGUGGCCAUGGAGAUCUUUUCCAUCUUGGUCUCCAGUGCUGGGAUUCUCACCUGUAUCUUUGCUCCCAAAUGCUAUGUGAUCCUUCUGAAGCCAGAAAGAAACAAUUCAAAUAUCAAGGAGCAC